AUGGCACCUCUCAUCCGAGUCAUUGGAUCCCUCAACGCGGACAUGGUCUCAGUCACACCCCGAUUCCCAGACCCAGGCGAGACAAUCACCUCCUCAUCCUACUUCACCAGCGCGGGCGGCAAGGGCGCAAACCAAGCCGUGGCAUGCGGGCGCAUGUCCCGAGCCAAACCAACAGGCACCACAAACUCCACAAGUGACGUCAGUGUCGAGAUGAUGGGCGCAGUAGGCGCUCUAGACGGCCACUUCUCCGCCCUGCUUAAGCCGACCCUUGAGAGAUCUGGAGUCGAUCCCUCCCGGGUGAAAGUCAUCGAGAACGCAUACACAGGUGUGGCGGUGAUCAUCGUGGACUCGUCUGCAGGCGGUGAGAACCGCAUUCUCUUCUCGCCUGGUGCAAAUUACGAUGGCAUGCAACCUACCCCGGAAGUUCUGGGCAUGGCGCUAGCGGCGCCCGUACCCGACGUCAUCGUUAUGCAGGGCGAGAUCCCAGUCGACACGGUUAUCGGGACACUACGUGAGAUCGCGUCUUACAAGGCCAAGGCUCGCGCUGCUGGAAAACGUGGCAUUGAGUGCGGUCCUGAUGUUAUGCUUAACCCGGCACCUGCGCCGCCCGGUGGUUUUCCCGAGGAUGUAUACGCUGCUGUCGACCAUUUGGUCCUAAACGAGACGGAGGCUGAGCUGAUCAGUCCGCCUGCGGAGCAACUGCUUCGCACUGUUCCGGACGCCGAGGGCUUGGAUGGAAAGGAGAAGGUCGCUCGAUAUUUCCACAAAUUGGGUGUCACCUACAUCCUUAUCACCUUCGGGCCGAAGGGUGUCUGGUACAGUGCUGCGGACGGCGGCUCGUCUGGACCCAGUGACGGAGUACAGCGCUUCACCAACGAGAUUCCAGCCGCACCUGUCUCCCGGGUCUUGGAUACUACUGGCGCAGGUGAUACGUUUGUUGGGGCCUACGCGGUCAGGGUGGCGCGAUGGCGCGAGCAGCGUCGCGCGCAGGGCAAGGCUGGGCAGGAUGUUGCGGAUGAUGAGAAGGCAUACCGGUACAAGACUGUCAUGGACGAGGCGAUGCGUUUGGCUGCACAAGCCUCGGCUCGGGCUGUGGAACGUCAGGGUGCCAUGGAUAGCAUUCCUUUUGAGGACGAGAUAUGA